CUUCCCCCCCCCCCUUGUGUGUGUGUGUGUGUGUGUGUGUGUGUGUGUGCAUACUUGUCAACCUCCCCCACAGGCUACAGAUGGAGAACGAGCUCCGCCAGCGAGAGAGAGAGCAAGAGCGCGAACGAGAGAAAGAAAGGGAGCGCGAGGCCGGGCUGGAACGAGAGCGGGAGAGGGAGAGAGAGAGAGAGAGAGAGAGAGAGAGGGAGGAGGAGAGAGAGAGAGAGCUGGACAGACAGAAGGAGAGGCAGAGGGAGAGACAGCAGCAGAUGGUCCGAGCGGCCGAGAGCCACUACCUGGCUGAGCUGCAGGCUCGCAGGGCGCCGCCGGAGGACAGGACCAGGCCGGGGGAGAGGCUGACCCCGAACAGACCGGAUAAGAUGAAGGACUCGGAGCACCCAGGCUUCCCAGCAUCCAAAGCUCUGUCCCUGCAGCCUGGCCUUCACUCCUCCAGGGGCUCUAUCCCACACCCUGUGCCCAGCCUGGUGCCCUCUCACCUGGGGAAGCAUCACGCUGCUGCUGGCGGGCUCCACGGAGCUCUGGCAGCUGCCAUGAUGACUCAGAGGGCCAGCGAGGCGGCGUGGUUGACACGGCAACGAGGGCACGGGCAGGAGAGGGAGGGUCCGCUGGAGAUGGGCCUCCGCUCACCUGGGAAAGGGGUGGAGCUGAGGAGAGACGGUCACAGAACCGGUUCAGUCCAUCACAACCCCGGCAGCAAAGAUGUAGCUCCCUGCCUCGGCGCUCCGCCUCCCCUCAUCUCCCCUAAAGGUCCCCAUCAUCCUCCCGCCCCCCCGUCGACACUGUGGAACCCGGCCUCCCUCGUCGACACCCCCGCAGACUCCCGCAGAAAACUCAACCCCCCCACGCCGCCGAGUCGGCCGCCUCCAGGGCUGACCAGAGCCGACAGGCCCCCGCUGAGCUGGGGGGAGAAGCUGGAGGACGGAGGCAGGAGGAGGGCAGACGGCCCGGAGAGGUACGCCUCGCUGAGGGGAGCUACUUUACAAGAAGCAGGAUCCUGGAACAAGGCAGAGCAGGACAGAGCCAUCCAGAACCUCUACCACCGGCAUCACAUCGGUAACCUCCACCAGAGAUCCUGUGUGCCUCUGUCUGGUCCCGGUACCGGGGGUCAGGCGGCCUCUCCGCCUCCGGUGAGGGAGCGACAGAGUCAGUCGGCCGACAGCGUGCUGGUGUAUGACGAGGUCCUCCAGCAGCACCGCCGGCUGCUCAGCAAACUGGACCUGGAGGAGAAGAGGAGGAGGGAGGCCCGAGAGGGAGGUUACUACUACGACCUGGACGAGUCCUACGAUGAGAGUGACGAAGAGGACGUGAAAGCCCAUUUAAGAAGAGUGACAGAACAGCCCCCCCUCAAACUGGAGGCGUCCUCAGAGAAAGUGGAUUUCCUUGGUGUGUGUGGUUUGACCACGCUGGCCCAUCGCGAUGAGCUUCUGGGGCGAAAGAGGAGGAAGAGGAGGAGGAUGAUGAAAGAGCGCAGCCUCUCUCCGCCGGCCGUACGGGGCAAGAGAAAGGCCUCUUCACCUUCAACACCUGCAGCUCCUUUAACUACCCCGUACUCUGCUCAGCAGAUGGACAGCAGCCCCCAACUGCACCAGAAGAAAGACUUCCUCCUCAUGUUCAACCUCUCUCACGUCAGCCCUCAGCAGAGGAGAGAUAAGGAGAGGACGGAGGAGCUGCUGAGGGCCAUUCAGAAGAAGACUGUGACAUUAGACACACUCCGAUAUAAUCCUUUACCUCCGUGUAGCAGCCCUCCUGCUUCCUCAGCUGGUGACUCGUCAUUAGCUCCUCUGCCGAGUCAAUCAAAUGGCCAUCCGUACCCGGACUCUCCCAGCCCGUCACCUCCCUACUCACACAGACCCAAACACCCCCCCCACAACGACACAUUCAAACCCUCCGUGGACGCCCACGGGGCCCGCGGCCCUCCACCCUCGGCCCCCCGUCACGAGAAGGCUGAAUUUAUGGAAGCUCAGCCAAACAGGAAGCUGCAGAACGGCGUCAUGGCUUCUCCGCAGAGAAAGGAGCCCAACGCCGUGCAGAACGGGCGCAGUCGGCCCUGGGAGAGGUUCACACCCGAGGCCUUCGCUCAGCACUUCCACCAGGCCGUGCUGCAGUCCACACACAGCACGCUGCACAGCAAAGGAGUCUCACAUUGUGUCCCAGAGGCCAGCGUGAAGGCCGAGCGCUCGCUGCCUCACAACGCUUCUCAACUGAAGAGUUCACCUCUGAACCAAGCCGCUCAGCACGCACACAUCAACGGCCAUCACUUCCAUCCCCUCGUAGCCAGCAGGGACGCUCCGGGACCGCGGGAACACCUGUCUGAUGAGGACGAGGAAGAGUCUGGUCAGGAGGAGGAAGAUGAGGAGGAGGAGAUGGAAGAAGCUCCGAGGAAGUGGCAGGGCAUUGAAGCUAUCUUUGAGUCCUACCAGGAGUACGUGGACGAGUGGAGUCUAGAGCGGCAGGUUCUCCACGGUCAGUGUAAAAGACUGGAAACACAGAACUACAACCUGACCAGGACUGCAGAGCAGCUCUCUCUCACCAUGGGGGAUCUGGUGAGUCAGAGGCAGAAGGUGAGGGAGGAGAGGGAGAUGCUGCAGGCCCAGCUCGAGCACUUCAGGAGGUGUUUGACGCUACCCAACAUUCAGUGGGGCAGGGGGCAGUUCAACGGGCACACGCCGAGGUGACCUCUGACCUCGACUCACUGGCGGAUACGCCUCUGACGGCGAAGGAACAGUAACAAGAACAAGACGGACUGGAGCCAGACCACUCUCUGCACUACAAGCACUUGAAGGAGCCGGUCCUCGUCUUGUUCCACCCGUCUGGCCAAUCAGUGAUGUCACCUGUCUGGUUCCGGAUCCAACUGAUGACCUGCCAACGGUAGCGGUGAACCACGGUGACCACAUAGCUCUCUCUCAUUCUGCCUCUGGACUGUAACAACACUGUGGAGGUGAAUCAGCAGUAACGCUAACCGCACCCUCUAGUCCCCGACUUAGCUUUAAGGACUCUCCACCACUUAGCUCGUAGCAGAUCAACUUCUACAUAAACUGAUGAGACGAAUCACUCGGCACACAUCUGUAGCCUCUCUGGACGGCGGUGAGAAGAGACCGAGCGUGCAGCGGUCACUCGGCCGAUACUCAGAGAAUGAAAAUGGAGUCGAGGAAUCAAAGCACACCUCAGGCCUUAAACAUGAUGGGAUGCACUUGAAGAGGAAUUGGAGAAAACACUUGAGCGUCCUCUGUGUG